UUACGCGUAUACUAAAACCGCGACAGCGUAACUACCUUCAUUUUGUAAUUUUAUAUAAUAUACACACAAUAGUACGCUAUAGUACAAACGUCGGCCGCGGUCACGACACACGAAUACACGUUCGUCCGGCGUAAGUAAGACAGUGAGCGUAACGUCUACCGCGUCCAAAAGCAUUGUAUUCCGCGUUUUCGCCAUUUAAUAUCAUUUUUUUCACCAAUUUUUUAUGUUAGUAGGUUAGUACUAAAUAGCUUUCGUUUACUUUAAAUUCGUAUCCAUAUCCGUGUUUAAAUUGUCGAGUUUCCGCUAUUACUACUAGUAUCUAAUCGUUUCGAGUACCUAUUUUGCAUUGAUGGUCCUCAGUGCCGUGACGUCAGUUGUGUUUCAUUUAACAUUUUACGAGUACUUUAAUGGUUUUAUUGUGCAACAGUGUGAAUGAUUGGAUUACCUAGAGAUUAUAAAACCAAAAAAAUCACCGUAAAAAUAGACAAUAUGAAACGUAGAAGUUAUGGUGAUUCGCCUCCUAUGUCACGUAAAAAACGUCAUAGCAGUAUUAACAGGUAUGAUGGUAGUUCUGACGAGCGAGGAUCACCCGAACGUGUACGCCGUAGAGCUCGAUCGCCACCCAGUCCUAGAGCAUCUAGGUAUUCAGAACGUGAUGAAUUUGGCCGUUCUAGGGAAUUAGAUCGAUCACAUCCCACUUAUAAAGUGUUGUCAGUGAGUGCUUUACAUCCCAAAGCAAGUGAUGAACAGGUCAAAGAAAUAUUAUAUCGAGAAUAUCGCAAAUUUGGUGAAUUUUCUGUUAAAAUAUCACAUGAACUAGAUGACAGGGUCGCAUAUGUGUGUUUUAGAAGCUCAGAAGAUGCUAGAGAUGCCAAACACAGUAAGCCUAGAAUAAGUUUAUUCGAUAAAAUAGCUUUAGUUACACCUGUUUAUGAAAGUCGUAGUUCUAGAGAUCAUUAUGAAUCAAGAGCUAGGCGUUCUCGAUCCCGGAAUUUUUCCCCAGAGUUUGAACGAUACUAUCAUAGGUCUCCUAUGCCUCCAGAAAUUCAUAGGAUACAUCCGGCUGAUAGGUUUUAUGAAAGAUUGCCAUAUGGUACACUUCCCCCUUUGCUGCCGCCACGAGACUUCCGAGAAAUAGGUUUGCCACCAUUACAUCCUCAUGAACUAAUGAUACCUAGAGGACCGUUAUUGCAUCAUGUGGCUCCUAUUCAUCCUCAUUUAGGGCCAAUUCAUCCGUUGUAUGGACCACCAAGACAUUUUAUGCCACCUUUUAGACCACACCCUCAUCCUCAUUUGAUUUCACAUGACAAAAAAGAUAAAUUUCCAAACUAUUUGCACCACAUUCCACCAGAAGAAGACCCGUUAGCCACACGCACAUUGUUUGCUGGAAAUUUAGAAGUUUCUAUUUCGGAUGAAGAACUACGCCGUAUAUUUGGUAGAUAUGGAGUUGUUGAGGAUAUUGAUGUUAAACGACCAUUGCCAGGAACAGGAAAUGCAUAUGCAUUUGUUCGUUAUCAAAAUUUAGAUAUGGCUCAUAGAGCAAAAGUCGAAUUAUCUGGUCAAUAUUUAGGCAAAUUUCAAUGUAAAAUUGGCUAUGGAAAAUCUACACCAACACAACGAAUAUGGGUUGGUGGUUUGGGUCCUUGGACAUCACUUGCUCAACUAGAACAAGAAUUUGAUAGAUUUGGUGUUAUUAAAAAAAUUGAGUAUGUUAAAGGUGACAUUUGUGCCUAUAUACAGUUUGAAAGCAUUGAUGCUGCAACUGCAGCUGUCAAAGAAAUGAGAGGAGUGGCUUUAGGAGGCUCUGAACAUAAACUAAGAACAGAUUUUGCUGAUGGAGGUGUCUGUGUCAGUCCUACAUUAACGUAUUCAUCAAAGUCUAAGUCAUCUCAUGAUGAUGUUGCAGCAUCUGCAGGAGAUUUACGAGAACUAGUAAGACAAGACGAAUAUCCAUAUGGUUGGCCAGAUGGUGAAUAUCCUUCUUACAGUUCUAGAAGUUAUCGUAAAGGCCGUACAGAAUACUGUGAAGAAAGCAAAGAAUUUAGCAAUUAUGAGAAUGGUCGAUCAUUCAAGCAGCAUUCUGUUUCUGAUAUUGGUUCUCCUCGAUCACCUGAAAGAUCACCACUUCACCAAUCGAUUGACAGUGAUGUAGAAUCUGAAGAAGGGGAUGUACAAUCUGCAGGUCCUUUUGGUUCUGUUCGUACAUUAGGGGAUUUGGCUCAUAAAUGUACUGAUAUAUGGCAAGGCAGUCUUGUAUUAAAAAGCUCUCAAUUCCCAGCUAAAUGCCAUUUAAUUUCUGGUGAUACAAAUGUUAUAGAAUCAAUGAUGAGAGAUGAAGACGGUAAAUCAGCAUUACGCAUAACCCAACGGUUACGUUUAGAUGAGCCAAAGUUGGAAGAUGUUUCUAAACGUAUAAUAACUGCUGAUAUGCAUGCCAUAUUUUUGGCAAUGCCUUGUUCUACUAACUCCAUUUCUAACGAUGAUGCUUCGGUACAAAUUAGACCAUUACGUAAUUUAGUAUCCUAUUUAAAACAAAAAGAGGCUGCUGGGGUUAUAUCAUUAAUAAUUAAAGAUCCUGAACCAGCUGGUGUAUUAUAUGCAUUUCCUCCAUGUGAGUAUUCAGCCAAAUUAUUGAAACAAAGUGCAAAAAAUUUAAGCAGUGAAACAUUAAAAGAUGAUCAUUUGGUUGUGGUAGUAGUUAGUGGGGGUGUUUCGUAAUAAGAUAUUCAUUUUUAAUUCAAUUUUUAAGUAGGUUCAUUAACCUAUAAAAAGCAUACUACACUAGGAUGCUUUAUGUCUAUCUUACAUACAUACAUACAUUCAUACAUACAAAAUAUCAAUGUUUACAUUCACAAUAAUCUAUUAUGGUCGGUUAUUUCAAAAUAUUUGAAUAAAUUAA